GUGGGGAGCUUCGGUCUUCCAGUCUCAUCAACACCGUCGGCCCCAACCCAGCGGUGUCACAGACUCCCACCAGCCACCUACCCAAGGUACCUACCUAGGUAUCCAACACCAUGGCGUCCGACUCCAUCCACGAGCCCGACGCCGAGAAGGCAGGCCCAGGCCAGCAUGAAGUCAAAGACUCGGAAACGGGCACGACCGAGCCAACCUACACCCCCACCGAAGAACGCGCCCUGCUCCGCCACCAAGACCUCACCAUCCUCCCGCUCUCCGCCUUCAUCUACUUCCUCUGCUACCUCGACCGCUCCAACAUCGGCAACGCCCGCAUCCUCAACUCCUCCACGGGCAACGACAUGCAGACCGAGAUCGGCGCCACCCAGCACCAGUUCAACAUCGCCCUCAUGGUCUUCCUCGUCGCCUACGCCCUGUUCGAAGUCCCCUCCAACAUCCUCCUGAAAAAGCUGCGCCCGUCGCGCUGGCUCGCCUUUCUGAUGUUCUCGUGGGGGGCCAUUACCAUGGGUUUGGGCGGGGUGAGGUCGUUCCCGGCGACGGCGGCGGUGCGGUUUUUGCUGGGCAUGGCUGAGGCGGGGCUGUUCCCCGGGCUGGUGUAUUAUCUGACGUUUUGGUAUCGCACCGAGGAGAGGAGUGUGCGGGUGGCGUUUAUUUUGGCGAGUGCUACGCUGGCGGGGGCGUUUGGUGGUGCGAUUGCGUAUGGGAUUGGGCAUAUGAAUGGUGCGCAGGGCUUGUCGGCGUGGCGGUGGUUGUUUAUCAUUGAGGGGGCGCCGUCGUGCGCGUCGGCUGUGUUGGUGUGGUUCUUCUUGCCGGAUUAUCCCGAGGAGGUUUUGAAGGGAAGGCAGCGGGAGGUGGCGCUGGCGAGGUUGGUGGUGGAGGGGAGUAAGAGCAGUCAUAGGAGUAUGACGUGGGCGGAUGCGAAGGGGACGAUCGUGGAUUGGAGGUUGUAUGGGCAUUAUCUGAUCUACUUCGGUGUGUCUGUGCCGUUCAGCUCCCUGUCGCUGUUCACGCCGUCCAUCACCGCUGGGUUGGGGUAUGCCGACUUGCAGGCGCAGCUCAUGACGGUGCCCCCUUAUGCGGUGGCUUACGUCACGCAAAUUGUGGCCUCGUACUCGGCAGACCGCUUCAACGCGCGCGGCCUGCACAGCGCGGGAUUUGCCCUGAUCGGCGCCGUCGGCUUCAUGGCGUCUGCUCUGCUCCCGCCGGAUGCCUACCUCCACCGCUACGGCUGUCUGAUUCUUGCCUCGGCUGGCGCCUUUGCGUGCAUCCCGCCCAUGCUGGGCUGGCUCACGUCCAACGUCUACAGCACGGCAUCGGUGGGUCUGGCCAUCGCCAUCAACGUCAGCUUCGGCGCUGGCAUAGGCCAGAUUCCUGGCGUCUGGAUCUACAAAGCCGAGGAGAGAGAUCGGGGGUUCCCGACGGGCCACUGGGUCAAUGCGGCCAUGUUGUGGGUGGUGGUCGUGGGAGCGGUCGGCUUGCGGGUGUUGUAUGGGUACAGGAAUCGGAAGAUGUUGAGGGAGAGCGGCGGCCGGGAGGUGAGGCUGUACAAGCUGUGAAGGCUGGACUUUGAACAUAUGACAUGGACCAGACGUAAGUCUAUAUACGCUUUACUGUACCUAGUUAAAAUUGACAUUGCUAGAUGCCCAUCUAUCCCUAUGAACGUGCCCUGACAGGUGAAUCCUAGAAUUGUGGGUAACUCGAUAUAUCCAGUGUUUUGCGAAUACUUUGAAGCGUACUUCUUAAUCCUGGCGGGAGCAAUGCUUACAGGAGGUUGGCGUAGGCAAUCAGGUAGGUAGGUGGUUUCCAGUUAGGAACCUGGGGAAGCACCUAGGGGUUGGGGAAAUAAAUUAACUCAGUAUAAUAUUAAUAAACCACACUUUGGC